AUGAUGUCGACAUUCGUCUCCAGCAUGUUAGCGCUGAUCAAUUGGCUGUGCUCAGCGGCCAACCCAUCAAGCUGCGGCUGUAAUAAGUGGGGCGCGUCGCCGUUCAGGGCUGAACGGGCCCCUAUUACUCCCGUGCACCAUCUGUGCGAAUCGAGGCAGCCCUCGGUCUCUGCGCCGCACCCGAACAUCUGGGGCGACCUUAGUGACGAGGAGGCCGCUGGUGUUAUCGACCUCUUGCACCGGCACUCGACUGGCCUUAACCUUACUACAGAGGAUUCUGCCGGAAGUUGGGAUAAUAGAAUGUAUGUGGCCUCGUCCGUCAACAUUAUUACGCUUGCGGCUUACACGUGGUCCAUGUGUUGCAGCCUUCUCGUGGAGCUGCUGGCCCCAAACAAAAGCGACACGCUUCCGUUCCUCAACAACAAGACGACAACACCUCCGCCACGAUGCGCUCGCGCAACUCUAAUGUUUGGCGCAACGCCUAAUCCCUAUCUCCAGGAUUAUAUAAUUGGCCCGCUUCCCGUUGCUAACAACACCCAGGUACGGCCGCUUCAAUUUCUCUACAACAAUGCCGGCAAGGGGAAAGUCGCCGUUGAUUUUGCUGACCGUAGCGCCGUGGAUCAUUAUGUCAAUGACGUGGGCAUGUCUGUGGCCGACAUCACGAAACACCUGUGGGAUGGGACCCUUGACGAUACCCUCGGCCUGUUGCCGAUAUUUCCGCCUUGGAAGGAGAACGGCCGGUUGAUUUUGUGGUCCGGCUUCGUAAACAACCCUACGUCAACCUUUGACUCGGAGACAAUUCUUCCGCUUGGUCUAUAUUUCGGGGUCGAUGUGAUGGGCAGAGAUCCAUCCAAGUGGUCUGUAAUAGGAUGGUAUUACGACGGCAAAUACUACCCAACCACGAAGGCGUUCCGGGCCGCCGCAGCGUCUAGUAACUUCACAAUACUCGGAGCCAACUCUGACGGCCCGUGGGCUCAAAUAGAUAAGCAAGGCAACCCGAUGAAAUUCGACCAUCUGCCUCCACCCACAGCCGUUAUGCCCGGAUCGAAUCGCUUCUCCGUGGACGCAAAGGAAAAUUACGUCGAGUGGAGUUUGUUCGAAUUCGACCAGGGAUACCCUAUCCAGCGCCACUCUACUGCUAACUAUACCAGUGUUACCAAGAACAUCGCCUUUACACUGAGGUCUAUUUCAACCAUCGGAAACUAUGACUACAUGUUCUCGUAUAAUUUCUUCUUGGAUGGGAGCAUAGAGGUCUCCGUAAGGGCUUCUGGAUAUAUACACGGCGGAUUUUCCGCCAACAACGAAGAGUAUGGUUGGAAGAUUCACGACAACCUGUCUGGCUCCAUGCAUGACCAUGUUCUCACUUACAAGGCUGAUAUUGAUGUAUUGGGUGAGAAGAACAGCCUCCAAAAAGUGGAAUUUGUGCCCGCUGCCAUUGAAUAUCCGUGGUCAAAUGGUGCCAAAAGGAACACUAUGAAGCUGAAUAAAUCGUUUAUCCAGGACGAAAAUGGAGCCAAGAUCAACUGGGCUCCCAAUGGUGCGGCCAUGUACGCCAUCGUCAACAAGGAAGCAAAGAAUGAGUUUGGAGAAUACCCCGGGUACAGGUUUACCCCUGCAACUUCGAACGUCAUCUUCCUCACGAUUUCGAACUCGUCCAACGUCAUGAACGCCGUGAAUUUCGCCGACCACCAUUUCUAUGUCACAAAGCAGAAGGACACGGAAGCUCAAGGGACACACCCGUAUAACGUGCUUAAUCCUGCAGACCCAUUGAUUGACUUUGCCAAGUUCUUUAAUGGGGAAUCUCUGGAUCAGGAGGACCUGUAA